CUGGACACAGGAGAGCGGCUGAUGGUCCCUGUGGAUGUCUUGGAAGAGGAGAACAAGGGGGCCCUGUGGAAAUUUCUGCUCUCAGGAGCCAUGGCUGGGGCAGUGUCUCGCACAGGAACGGCACCCCUGGACCGAGCCAGAGUAUACAUGCAGGUGUACUCCUCCAAGAGUAACUUCAGGCACCUGCUGAGUGGCCUGCGUAGCCUGAUCCAGGAGGGAGGUGUCCGCUCACUCUGGAGGGGCAAUGGCAUCAACGUGCUCAAGAUCGCCCCAGAAUACGCCAUCAAGUUCUCUGUGUUUGAGCAGUGUAAGAAUGUCUUCUGCAGUGUGCAGGACUACCCGCCCUUCCAGGAGCGGGUGAUGGCGGGAUCCCUGGCUGUGGCCAUUUCCCAGACUCUCAUCAACCCUAUGGAGGUACUCAAGACUCGGCUGACCCUUCGCCUUACUGGCCAGUAUAAAGGACUUCUGGACUGCGCCAGGCAGAUCUUAGAACGGGAUGGCACCCAAGCGCUGUACCGAGGCUAUCUGCCCAAUAUGCUGGGCAUCGUACCGUAUGCUUGCACUGAUCUGGCUGUCUAUGAGCUACUCCGGUGUUUGUGGCAGAAGUCGGGUAGGGACAUGACAGACCCCAGUGGCCUGGUCAGUCUGUCAUCUGUAACACUGUCCUCGACCUGUGGCCAGAUGGCCAGUUACCCGCUGACUUUGGUGCGCACACGGAUGCAGGCACAAGGUCAGCCUGGCCCCGUCCCUACCUCAUCCUGGCUUUCUGAAUUUUCUCAUCCUUCCCCACAAACUUCCAGCCUCUCCAUAAACCAGUCUGUAAUGCCUAUGCUGAGUACUGAACCUACCAAAACAUGCUCACUCACCAAUAUAACCCUGGCUCUCAAAUUAGAAGUCACCCCAUCGCAUGGGAAGUGGAGGCAAGAAGAUCUGGAAUUCCAGAUCAUCUUUGGUGACAUACCUUGAGGCUGGAGCUGGAGCUCAGCCUGGCACAGUAUGUAGCGUGUGCCUAUCCAUGAAGCCAGGGGUAAAUGGGGUGUGGCAGUGCUGCUGUAAUUCCAGCAAGAGGUAGAGUCAAGAGGAUCAGGAGUCCAAAGCUAGCCUCAGCUACAUAUGGAAUUCUAGGGCAGCCUGCACUACAUAAAACUGUAUCAAAAUACAUACAUGGCAAUAACUGAAUGAUCUCGACAAGACUGCCCAAAAUGUGACUCAGAUCCUCUCACACUGACAGUGACAUCUCACAUCAGACCCAGUGCUGAACUUGUCUUUGUCUAUCCCCAGACACUGUGGAGGGCUCUAACCCCACCAUGCUGGGAGUCUUCCGGCGAAUACUGAGUCAACAGGGCUGGCCUGGGCU